UCACUACUGAUCAGAACCUUCUGCAUGUUGCCAACAAAGUCUUGUUUCCAGCACGGACUCAAAUUUCGGUUACACUUGAAACAUAAAGAGGAUUUUGGCCUGAACCGGUCUGAAGAGGACAGUUAAAUGAUUGUAACUUUACAUAAGGUAACGUUAUUCUUAACACAAUUUUAAAGCAUGAAUAAACUGGACCUUUCACUGGAGUAUGUCAUCAUCACUCCACCAAGAGAGGAGUGUGUCUACACGAGCUGUUACUGUGAGGAAAAUAUUUGGAAACUCUGUGAACAUAUCAAAGCACAACACCAACAUUGCAUUCAAGAUGUGUAUGCAGUUUUCAUAUCUAAUGAAAGGAGAAUGGUUCCUAUAUGGAAGCAAAAAUCCAGUCAUGGAGAUCAGCCAGUCGUGUGGGAUUACCAUGUCAUAUUAUUGCAUAACUGGAACAGUGGAGAAAGCUACAUUUAUGAUCUGGACACAGUACUUCCUUACCCCUGCCCACUGAGUUUGUAUGAAAAGGAGGCCUUUCGGUCAGAUCAUUAUCUGAAGGAAUCAUACAGGAGAAAACUGAGAGUUAUUCCAGCUGAAACCUUCUUGAGCAGCUUUGCUUCUGAUCGCUCACACAUGAAAGAUGAGGUUGGCCAUUGGAAAAUGCUUCCACCCUCCUACCCCUGCAUAGAGACAGCAGAGUCUAAAAUGAACUUGAAUUACUUCAUCAGUAUGGACGCUCAGGUUGGCUGGGGAAAAGUCUACAGUCUCUCAGAAUUUAUGGAACACUUUGGUGGUGAAGGAUUGCCAACAUUAACCAACCAACUCUCAAAAUAAAUGUUGUCCUGUGUUCCUAUUCAGUCUUGGUUGAUCAAAGUCUAUUUAUUCAGAACAUAGCUUAUGUUUUCUUAUCCUAUUCUUAUUAUGUUAUGUCUCUUAUUCUGUCAUACUGUAUUGUUUGGUAAUGUACCUUUUACAGCAAGUUUCCUUAAUAAAUCUUGCUAUGUUGUAAA